CACAGGGCCAACUGCGAUGUCCUCAGUCUUGGUUGGCAGUUCGGUCGGUACGGUUUUCGGGGUCUAGCGCGGAAAAUUGCGAAAAUUGCAGUUGCUCCAAGGAAUGUUCUGCGAUUAAGUGGCGUAAACGACACCCGAUUGCGGUGGUGGUGCUGGUGGUGGGGGUGCAUCGAUGAAAUCAAAUUGUAAUCCAAUUAUACGGAAUUUUGCGGCAAUUAUUGGUGAUAACUGGGAGAUUUUCUGUUUCGUUUUUGAAAGCCUCUUGUAACGGUCGGUGGAAACACGCGCGCCACAAAUUAUGGAGUGAAAUUUGUGUAACAAAAUUAAAAGGGAAAAAGUUUCCGCGGAAGGCAGGAAAAUGCUGGCAUUGUUGUUUGCGUAGAGCAGAAAGCAUGUAAAAAGUUAUGCCAAAGCAGUAAUUCUAGUGUUACGAGAAAGUCACACAAAAGUUUGCUGUGUCGUGCUGGAAUAAAAUUAAUUAGUGCAGCGAGGAGUACAGCCUGUGUGUACUUUGCCAUCUAGUUGGCUUUGGCAGGCCUGCUAAGCCUUCGAAAAAGGAUACAGAAAAAAAAGUUGCGCGCUAAAAAAGGAUUACGAUGGCGAACCUGAGGAUUACCGUUACCCGGAUGCACUUUGGAUUACACUUCGUCUUUUUAAUUAUUGUGUCCUCCAUCUACGGAAACCACACACUGGACAGCGGGAAAUCAUCGUCCUCGCCGUCAACCGCCAGCUCUUCCAGCAGCAACAGUUCCUCCAAUGUGCCAACGCUCACGCUCUCCCCGGACGAAACCAUGUCCCACUUUGUGAACCAAUCGCGGAUGGUCGGCUGCACCUCGUCCGAUCCGGACGUGAAGCUCCGGUGGCGCAACCCGAAGAACGCCAUCAUCGCCGACGCCAAGGGCCGCGUCCACGUCGAGCAGUUCAGCGGGGCGUCGCUGAUGCUCAUCUUUGAGGCCAUCGUCCGGUCCGACCAGGGCAACUGGACCUGCGAAACCGACACCGAGGGUGGCAAACCGGUCCGGAAAAAGUCCUUCAAAAUGAUAGUUAAUGAACCAAUCUCGUUCCGGGACACCAGGACGGUCCAAACGGCCAUCGAAGACAAGGACGCGACCAUCCGGUGCGAGGUGCGGGGACAUCCGGAGCCGUCCGUAUCGUGGUCCUUCAACGGGCAGCCAUUGUUCCCCCCGAACGGAAAGUACACGAUGCUGGCGGACGGACUGAUGAUCAAAAAGGUGACCAAGAACGACGCCGGCGAGUACACGUGCAAGGCGUUCCAGGUUUCGACCACCGGAAGCAGUUUCGAGGAGAAAACGAUCCGGCUCAAUAUCAAACACAAGCCCUACUUCAUCCACCGGGGCACGUACGGCUCGCGGAACGUCACGUACGGCUACGUGGGCGGGAUGGUCAAUUUGACGUGCGAGGCCACGGCGGAACCACCGGCCAACUUUACCUGGUCGGCCAACAACAAAAAGUUUUCCCAUAAAAGCCACCACAUCUUCACCGCCAACCACAUCUCGAUGCUGCAGAUUAUGAUCAAAAACAGCACCGCUUUCGGCAAGUACCGGUGCGAGGCCAAAAACGAGCUCGGUACCAUUUCCCGGGAGAUCCAGCUGAAGGAGGGCACCAAGCCGGAUCCACCUAGCAGGUUCCAACUGCGUGGCGUCAACUCGGACACGCUGGACAUUGACGUGGGGGCGACCAAGAGCCACGACGUCGAGCCGGACCACAGCACCAUCAUCGGCUACCGGUUCGAGCUGAUCCCGACGGAGGAGUACGGCAAAUAUCGGAGCUGGGAGCGCGCCAACCGGCGAGACUUUGACGUCGAGGACGGCGUCACGUACCUGCUGGUGCACCUGAUUCCGGACACCAAGUACCUGAUCCGGGUUGCGGCCCGAAACGCCGCCGGUCUCAGCGACUGGACCGAGGUGAAGGAAUUCUCGACGCAUCCGCUGCAGCCGCACGGGUUCAACUCGGGCAGGGGCGCACCGGGUCGGUUGGCCACGUCCGCGAUGGUGGCACUGAUGGCCACCGUCGUCGCUGCCCUGCAAUUUUAACCACCCGGGCGGCACGGAACUUCAACCAGAAAAGACUAGCACGUAAAAUCGCAAAUCCGAAAUUUCAUUCCGUGGAAACCAUCAUUCAUCAGCAGAGAAGAAAAGGAAUAUCAAAGUAGGCCACGCGGCGCGCGUUGGGAAGGUUGAGCAAGGAGUGGCAAAUCACCCCACCACAUUCAUUCGCCCCUUCUCAUAUGGCUUAUAUUGGAAAUAUCCAACCGGGAAAGUGAUAUGUUGUUGUUUUUAAGUUUUGUCUUCCGUUCUGGUUCACCACUUUGAGUACGAUGACACAACCAACGCUGCUAGUAAAGACAGUCACACCAAGCCAGGAGGAGGAUGUAUAGAGGUAUCGUAAUGUAGGUUGUCAUGCCAUAAGUAUAAGGUUAGAGACGAAGAGGAGGAAAUCGAUCUAGGUAAAAUGUAAUGUAACAAUGCUUGUUAUCUCUACAACUCAUUCUAUAUGCGCUCUCUAGUCAAAGUGUCCCUUGAAAGUAGGAAGAGAAUGAAGUUGAUUUUGGUGUUCGGGGAUGAUGAUUCAAAUGUUUUUUCUUAUAAAAACUGAGUUG